AUGUCAGAGUCCAUUCAGGCGAUGUUUCGCCAGCAAAUGGCGGGGAUACAGAUUCCGGUACCGGCACCAGCACCGGCACCAGUUGGUCUAGUAUCUUCGGGGUCAGCCCGGGGAGUCAUUUGUCACCACUGUCAGCAGCCGGGGCACAUCAAGCCUCGUUGCCCACAGUUGCAGUCUCAGGGCGGUCGUUCUCAGACUAGUAAGUCUUCAGCUUCGAUGCAGGGACUUCAAGGGGUUUGCAAUUACUGCAAGCAGCCUGGACAUUUCAAGAGGGAGUGUCCGCACCUACAGAAUAGGGCACAGAGUGGCGCAGGCCUACAGGCCACACCGGCACAAUCGACAGUUGCACAGUUAGGUUUUAGGGUGCCUCAAGCACCACAGCCAGUUGCACCAGUCAGUUUGUAUCCGGGUAAGAACCCUACACCUACUACUUCCGGACAUCAGUCAGCUCAGUAG